AUGCCUUCCGACAUCGAAAGUGAAACGGAGAAGAGCGUCGACUUGACGCAAACUCCAUGUGAAAUAUGCGGUCCAUCGACAUGCGACGAGCCGAUGAUCGGAUGCGAUGGAUGCUUCCUUUGGUUCCAUUGCCGUUGUGUGGAAAUCCAGGUAGAGCAUGCCCCGAAAAAGUGGUACUGUCAAAACAAGGAUUGUCAGGAGAAAGCCCAGCAGAUGAAGGAUGCCAAGAAGUCGUCUCGAAGUCGGAAAACAACCGAAGAGUCGGACAAAUCGAAGAAGGGAUCCUCUCUCGUAGAUGCGAGGGUGAAAGCACUGGAAGAGAAGCAGAAGAAACAGCUUCAGGAGCUAGAGGCGGAAAUAACGCUAAAGAGGAAGGAGAAACAGUUGCAGCGCGCGUUUGAACAGAAGAAGAUGGAAAUGGAGUUGAAAAUGCGCGCCGAAGAAGAAGAACAGCAGAUGGUGUUCCAGGAGGAGAUGCUUCGGAAAAAGCAAGAGCAGAUCGAUCGAAUGAAAGCGAAUCAAAGGGCGUUCGAAAAGAAGAUGGCGGAUCUGGAUAAAGAGUUGGUGAAGUUGUCGACAAGCAAGGUGCCGAAAUCCACGCCGAAGAAGGCCGAUGAAGGUAAAGCACGAUCGUCCGGUGCAGGAAACAAGUCGUUGAAGCUGACCAAAGCAAACGUAAAGAAGCUUGCCGAAGAAUUCGAGAACGGUGGUGCAGGCGGUGCGGACAGUGAAGAGGACGGGGAGCAGAGUGAAACCGAGGACGAGGAAGAUGCUGAUAGCGAAGAAGACGAUGAAGAGGAGGACGAAGAGUCUGAAGUGUCCAGUCCGUCGGUGAAGAGCAAACCGGGAAAGAAGAAAAGUGGGAAAGAAGUGAGUCAAAAGCGGGUAGGACCGACAAAGGCUCAGCUAGCUGCGAGAAAGGGGUUGACCUUUAAACUUCCGAAGUUCUCGGGCAAACCUUCGCAAUGGCCUCUUUUCUAUGCGGCCUACAAAACGUCAAACGAGACCUGUGGCUAUAUGAACCACGAGAACCUAAUGAGAUUGCAGGAAUCACUCGAAGGCGAAGCUCUCGAAUUGGUAGCCGGUCAACUACUCCUCCCUGAGUCGAUUCCGCGAGUUAUCGAGAAGCUGCGUCGCCAUUACGGUCGUCCAGAACAACUACUACAGAGUCUUCUGGACAAAGUUAACCAACUGGAGCCACCUAAGCCAGAUAACCUGCGUUAUUUCGUUCCUUUCGGGAAUGCCGUGGAACAACUCUGUGGACACUUAGAAGCCGCGGAUCUUCGGCAACAUCUCAUCAACCCGUUGCUUAUCAAGUCUUUGGUCGCCAAGCUUCCUGAUCGGGAAAAACGAGAGUGGGUGCGUUACCGGAAGACCAAAGGAGAGCCGACGCUUCGCACUCUGACGGAUUUCCUUAUGGAGAUUGUCGAAGAUGCCUGUGAGGCAGAUGUCGACGUAAAUCUCAUGCCAGCGUACCAGUCCAAAACUGGGUCGUCGUCAUUCGCAAAGAAAAAACCGAAGGAAAAGGGUGCGCUGUACUGCCAUGCAGAGGAGAGUCCAGCGCCCAGUCCCAGCGAUCAAGAGGUUGAAGCCAUGCAAAAUAAGCUGUCGUACGCGGAUCGGUUGAAGAUAGUGACCCGUGAUAAACUGUGCCACGUCUGCCUCAACGAGCACAGCGGUACCUGUAGGUUCAAAAUUCGCUGUAGUAUCGGAGAUUGUAGGGAGCACCACAACUCUCUAAUGCAUCCCGUCGGAAACACAGUUGGCCUGAGUGCACACAUCCGAUCUAAUUGUAUUGCUAUGUUUCGGAUGGUACCGGUACAGCUUCACUGCGGUGGAACCUCGAUCACAGUACUGGCAUUCCUUGACGAGGGUGCCUCUGUAACGCUGUUGGAGCGGAAGCUAGCCGACCGACUAGGUGUCGUUGGUGUACAAGAGCGACUGACGAUUAGGUGGACGGCCGAUGUCACACGCGAGGAAAGGGAAUCUCGGCGAAUGAAUGUUUGGGCGUCGGGAGUCAGUGGCGGUACCAACGGUAAGCUGUUACUGCACAGUGUCCGGACGGUUGGAAAGUUGAUGCUUCCCCAUCAAAGACUGGAUGUCCAGGACCUUGCCGCGCAAUAUCCUCAUAUGCGGGACCUGCCAAUCGAGUCAUACGACGGUCAGCCGGAAUUGUUAAUCGGAUUGAACAAUAUCCACUCGUUUGCUCCGAUAGAAGCCAAGGUAGGGGCACCAGUUGAACCUAUUGCGGUUCGCUGCAAACUUGGGUGGACCGUAUACGGCCCACGUCACUCUACUACGGUUGGAACUGGUAAUUUCAUCGGCCAUCACCAAGCCAUAACGAACGAAGACCUACAUGAGCUCCUCAAAAGCCACUACGCUCUGGAACAGUCGGUGGUAGAGAUACCACAGGAAUCAUCGGAGGACAGACGAGCCCGGGAGAUCCUCGAGCGGACAACCAAACGAAUAGGUGACCGUUUCGAAACCGGCCUACUGUUCAAAUCAGAUGAACCCCGAUUCCCGGACAGUUAUCCCAUGGCGGUCAAGAGAAUGAAGCAACUGGAAAAGCGACUACAGAAGAACCCGGAGCUGCAGAAUAACGUGAAUAAGCAAAUCGACGAGUAUCAGGAGAAGGGGUACGCUCAUUUGGCUACAGUGGAAGAGCUGUCCGGAUUUUCACCCGACGAGGUCUGGUAUCUGCCACUCAAUGUGGUACAAAACCCGAAAAAACCUGAUAAGGUACGCUUGGUGUGGGAUGCCGCAGCCACUGUGUUAGGAGUAUCGCUGAACUCGCUGCUGCUGAAAGGGCCAGACAUGCUUGUACCGUUGGUAAAGGUUCUCUGUGGUUUCCGAGAAUGGCGACUCGCUUUCGGCGGAGAUGUGAAGGAAAUGUUCCACCAGAUGAAGAUUCGCGUCGAGGACAGGCAAAAGCAGCGGUUUCUCUAUAGGAAGGAUCCAAACGAUCCACCGAGUAUCUACGUCAUGGACGUAGCAACCUUUGGGUCGACAUGUUCCCCAUGUUCGGCCCAAUUCGUAAAAAACAAAAACGCAGACGAGUUCGCUGGUCGAUACCCGGAAGCAGCCGCGGCCAUCAUUAAACGGCACUACGUAGACGACUAUUUCGACAGCGUUGAAUCCGUCGAAGAAGCAGUAAAGCUGGCGCGAGAGGUGCGUCUGGUACACCGAAAGGGAGGCUUCGAAAUCCGGAACUGGGUGUCUAACUCGCCAGAAGUGCUCCAGAGUCUGGGAGAGACGAAACCAGUCGCACCAGUACACUUUAACCAGGACAAACAAACGUCGAAGGAGCGAGUUCUAGGAGUGAUCUGGGAUCCGAACACAGAUGAAUUCGCAUUCUCCACGACGCACCGCGAAGGGUUACUUCCGUACCUGUUCGAAGAAAAGAGGCCAACAAAACGGAUUGUAGCAAGCUGCGUGAUGGGGUUCUUCGAUCCGCUCGGUUUGUUGUCACCAUUCACCAUCCACGGCAAAAUCAUCAUCCAACACCUGUGGCGUUCCAGCUGCGAUUGGGAUCAGGAGAUCGAUACCAAGUGCUGGGAGUUGUGGAAGCAGUGGACCGAGCUGUUGCCAGAAGUGGAAGCCAUACGAAUUCCACGUUGCUACAUCGGCGAUGCGAAGCGCGCUGAAGUCGAGUCGUUGGAAGUGCACAUCUUUACUGAUGCCAGCGAACAUGCGUACGGAUGCGUGGCGUACCUGCGAGCGGUGGUGAGAGGCAUGGUACGUUGCAAUCUGAUGAUGUCGCGAGCGAAGGUUGCACCGAUAAAGCGGCAGUCAAUCCCUCGUCUAGAGUUAAUGGGCGCGGUUCUCGGGGCCCGCUUGAGUCAGUCGGUUUUGGAAAACCAUUCGUACGACAUCUCUCGCAUCGUCUUCUGGACAGAUUCUCGUACAGUUUGUAGCUGGAUCAAUUCCGACCAACAUCGCUACAAGCAAUUCGUAGCAUUCCGCGUUGGAGAAAUCCUAGAGCUCACUAAGGUGUCAGAUUGGCGAUGGAUACCGACGAAACUCAACAUAGCGGACGUACUGACGAAGUGGGGACAAGGCCCACCGCUUCAAAGCGAUGGUGUAUGGUUCAAAGGACCGGAAUUCCUGUACCGGCCAGAAGAUACGUGGCCAACGAAAGAGUCGAUUGUUGAAGGAACGGAGGAAGAAGUACGAGGGACAGUUUUGUUCCACGAAGUGGUGAAUGUAGAAGCAAUUUCUUCGUGGACAAGACUUCUACGAGUGACGGCUACGGUGGUGCGCUUCAUCGACAAUUGCCGUCGUAAACGGCAUGGCGAAUCGACUUUAACGACACGAGCUACGACGAAACAGUGUCGAAUACUCGUGAAAGCGGCGGCGAAAGAUACGGCAUGUUCAUCAACUGGAACUGUGCAAACCCCCCUCAAGCAAGAUGAACUCAAGCGAGCAGAAAAAAUCCUGUGGCGUCAUGUGCAGUGGGACAGUUUUCCGGAUGAGAUGAGCAUUCUCACGAACAAUCUGCAACGCCAACCUGGGCAGUCGUUAGAGAAGGUCAGGAAGAAUAGCCGCAUCUACAAAUGUUCACCAGUGAUAGACGACUAA